UAUGGAACUUGUAUUUCUGCAAACAAUGGAGGGAAAAACAAACUCCUGCUGCUUCUUCUUAAUCAUUCUUUUAAUUAGAAUGGUUCCAGGUCACACCUCUACAGUCAACUAUGCCGAUCCCACCCUCAUGCCACUCGCCCACGAGGAAGCCAUCGCCAGGCAAAGAAUCAUAAACUCCCAGUUCAAAUGUUACGAGAAAAUGAAAAGGGAUGCGCCGUAUUCCAAAUCAGGUCUGUAUUGUAACCGCACCUGGGAUGGGUGGCUUUGCUGGGACGACGCUCCGGCCGGACAAAAUGUUACCCAGAACUGUCCAGACUAUUUUGCAGAUUUUGAUCCUACAGAGAAAGCUUCCAAAUAUUGUGAUGAAAAGGGAGGUUGGUUUCAGCACCCGGAAAGCAAUCGGACAUGGUCCAACUAUACAAUGUGCAUCACCUAUACUACUGAGAAACUGAAGAAUGCCUACAUCCUUUAUUACAUGGCAAUAGUUGGACAUGCCCUCUCUAUUGUCUCCCUGCUAAUUUCCCUUGGAAUUUUCUUCUACUUCAAGAGCCUAAGCUGUCAGAGGAUUACACUUCAUAAAAACUUGUUUUUCUCCUAUGUCCUGAAUUCCUUAUUUACUAUCGUCCAUCUUACAGCUGUGGUCCCAGAUUUGGACCUGGUGAAAAGAGACCCGGUCAGCUGCAAAGUCCUGCAGUUCUUUCAUCAGUAUAUGCUGGGCUGUAAUUAUUUCUGGAUGCUGUGCGAAGGCAUUUACCUCCAUACGUUAAUUGUGGUGGCCGUGUUUGCUGAAGAACAGCAUCUACAUUGGUAUUACCUCCUGGGCUGGGGGUUCCCUUUAGUGCCUACAUCAAUUCAUGCUUUUGCAAGGACAAAGUACUUUAAUGACAACUGUUGGAUGAGCGUGGAGACACAUUUAUUAUACAUCGUUCAUGGUCCAAUCAUGGCUGCAUUACUGGUUAACUUGUUUUUCCUUUUGAACAUUGUACUAGUACUUGUGACGAAGUUACGAGACACCCAUCGAGCAGAGUCCAAUAUGUACAUGAAAGCAGUACGAGCCACGUUAAUUCUGGUGCCAUUAUUAGGGAUCCAGUUUGUUAUAUUUCCAUGGCAGCCGGAGAACCGUCUGGCGGGGGAAAUUUAUGAUUAUUUCAUGCACAUAUUGAUGCAUUAUCAGGGAUUACUUGUUGCCACGAUCUUCUGCUUCUUUAAUGGAGAGGUACAAGGAGCACUGAAGAGGCAGUGGAUGCAAUAUAAAACUCAGUGGGGACAAAGACGUCGAGAACAUUGUUCUAUGCGUUCUACUUCCUAUACGGCAACGUCUAUAACAGAAGUUCCUAUUUACUUGUACCCUCAAGAUUCCAACAGUGAACAAUUAAACGGAAAAUAUGGAGAUGACUCUGAAAUCACUGCACUUAACUCUGGGGAUACGUAUGCCUGAACUAAAAAAAAAAA